UUACAACUAAAAGUCAGUCCGAUAAUUCAAAUUAACAGAAGUUGUCAUUGCCAUCCGUGGUUUUCUUUUCUCGGGUAGGGGCUCUCAGCCCAAUAUCCCCCCUGUGUACGCCCCUAGUCUGAGCAUCCUACAACUUAAAAGAAGAUAAUAUGUAGGGUAGGUCUUCAGUGUUUCAACCACUUUCAUACACAUCACACACUACAAUGAUUUGCAAGGUUUUGGUUGGAAUAUUGCUGCUUUCAUUAUUAGAAAAAACAUCUGGACGAGAAAUAACAAGGACUGUAGAAAUAAAGGAUUCGGAAAUCAAUAUUAAUGAUACUUCCGAGACUGAAACGGAAAGAAAUGAAAUCACUGAAACUGAAACAGAACCAACAAGUGAGUUUAUUCUCUUUGAGUCUGAUUUACAAAAUAACCCCCAUGAAGAAGAUGAUUCAACAAAUAUUAAUACCACCGAAAUGAACACAACAUCGGAGGAUCAAACCACUGAAAUCAACAUCGCCUACGAAGAACAAAGUUCAGGAAAUAAUGGCUCUGAAACGGAUCCUUUCGAGAUUUUUCUCGCAACAUUUGUUCAUGAACUGGAAAGUAAUGCCUCCGAAGUGAUUGAAGAGGAAAAUGAUACCUCCGAACCUGUAACAACCUUGAAGGAAGCUUUAGAUUUCUUUGGAUCCCUGAUUGGGGCCGUGUCGGAGUUUGCAGGAAGAUACGAAAAUAAGGAGGAUAAAGAAGACAUAAUUCCUGAAGCCAUCAAUAAAUCAAGAUUCGUAAGCAAAGAACAAAUUAAGAAGAAAGAAGUCAAACCUCUUCAAACCCUGAAGCAAAAACUGAAAGAAAACAAUGUCGAAAAGAAAAAAGAAAACACUAAAACCAGAAAUCAGGAGAAAAACACUGAAAAACUGACAAAUCAAAAAAAUUAUUUACAAAUCCUUGAAGUCAAUGAAGAAACUGAUGAUGGCCCAAUUGAAAAUGAGAGAAACUUGAUUCUGAACGAAAAUCCCAAACCACUGACAAACAAAAGAUCUGAUCUGGAAAAGCUUGAGGAAGAAGCCGCAACGGAUUUAUUUAGAAUAAUUUGGCGCGCCAACUGGAGUUCAAGUACCGGAAUUGAACGAAGUGAAGGCACCAAUAAUGGUUGUAUCGGAUUCGGUUGCAGAGAAGAGCGGAGGUUAAAAGAAGCAAAACUGAGACUACAUUGAUGAACAUUUUUUUAAUUCAAUUGGAUUCAACAUAUCUAAUCAUCAUUAUCAUACAUAUAUAUAAUUUUAAAAAAG